AUGGGGGAGGACGUCGCGGACCACAGUAACUUGGCUCGGUAUGCAGAGCGUACUGAGUGUACAGACAUGCUACGUGCUACGCAAGAGGAGCUGGCCACAAAGAUCAAGGAACUUCAAAUAUAUGAGAGCAACUACAUGGGACUUAAAAAGGAUUUAUCUCGCUGGAAGAAAAAAUUUGAAUACGUCUUUCGUGAGAAUGAAUUGUUGGCGCUAGAGACAGCGAAACUCGAUGCGUCACAUAAACAGAUUGCAUUUCUUCAGCAAGAAAUUAAAUUUAAAGAGGAAGAAGGUGCUGCAUUACGUGGACUUGUUAGCGCACUGGAAGCUGCGACAAAGAAACAGCGUGCGAAGCAGCUAGAGGCUGCGAAAACUCGUAACUCGGUAGCUGAAGCUGCUGCGGCCGAGAUGAGAAAUAGUGAGGAUGCAAAUGCAGCGUUACAACUUGAACGUGAAGGUCGACGUGAAGAUAGAGAUCGUCAUGCAGCUGAAGUAGCAGCUUUGAAGGCUGAAAAUGCGCUUCUUUUGAAGGAUGUGGACCGCAAAGACGAAGAGCUUCAGAGAUAUGAAGAAAAAGUAAGUGCACACAAGGCGCGAAUUACAGGAUUAGAAGCAGCACUUAAACAAGAACAGGAGGCCGGAAUGAAUCGAUUAAAGUCAAAACAGGACCGUGUAGUAGAGUUAGAGAAACAGGUGCAGCAAAUGCAAUUGAGAAGACGCUCAAGUGUAGCUGCAGCAUUAGCUUUGGCAGAUGAACAAGGACGCGACAUGGUUGGAUUUGGGCCGAAAGAGCGCUUGAAAUCAAGUCAUAUUAGUGAAGGAGACGAGUUUAGUGGCGAGGAACCUGAUACUCCUCCUGGAACUCCACCUCCAAUUACGUCGGGCUUGUUACCACCUGUUGAUCCGACUGCCGAUCAAAUUAUUCGCGAUUGGGUUGAAGACAGAAAAAUUAAAGCUGCUCGUAGCUUUGAUGAAGCCUUGGAUCUCGAUCGACUGGAUGAGUUGAUUCGAAAGUUGCCGUAUGAACAUCAAGAAGGUGCAAGUCGUGUGCUUAUGGGUGCAUUAGAUCCUGACUCUACAGCUGAACCUGUGUAUGAGUCGCAAAUUGUACUACGUCAUUUGUCGACGGAGCGCCAGAAUGAGUUGCGCGAGUUUUUGUUGCCAUUGCUAAAGGCCCAUCCCGCUCUUCGAAUUUCGUAUUCGACUAUGGAACGUCGUACGUUGGUGACGGAUGUUCGUAUUCAGAUUGAACGUCGAAGAAAUUCGGUUUUGGGUGGAUUUGUACCAGGAGAAAAACGAUUUGGUAAGGAUCAUAUGUUUUUAGGUCCAUCGGCUGAAGAUGUUGGAAAACUUGUGCCACAUAUGCCUCGAACUAUCAGCUCAGGAGGCAAAGCCAUUUAUGUUUCAAAACCUAAAAGUCUAGACGCAGUUUCGAUGUUUGUAUCUUCUCCUUUAGAACGAGGUAGUGAACAUACGGACGACAUGGACACGGCUUCAGAAUCAGCAGAUGUACCAGAUGUGAUGAUGUCGAAACGAAAGUGGGGAGGUUUAAAUGCCGCCAAAUUACUGGGAACGAUGGCUGCAGGAGCAAAACAGCGAGUGGCAGCGACGUUCAAGAAUUCCAAGUGCACGCAUGAAGGCACUUCGUGUCAGUUUUGUAAGAUGACACCCAUUGUUGGAGAACGCUACUCGUGUGAAACGUGUGUGGGCUUUGAUUUGUGUGAGAAUUGUUACUCACUAGGUGGCCAUGGUCUUGAGAACUCUGAUGAACUCUUUUACCGUGUUCAAGAGUUGACUCUCGCCCGCUGCCCUCGUUUAGCUGAAGAAGUUGAUUUGCUUGAACUCAUGCGGUUUGAAAUAUGUCGCUCAAAUCUUCGGAAAUUUAAUUUUUGUCUCAACUGGCUAGCUGACAUUGUUAACGGCAAGACGUCACGAGACUUGCAAGCACGUGCAUUGGAGAUCCCAAGCAUUCGGCGUGAUGUGCGUAAGAUCUUUGUACCGCUGCUUAUGCGCGUGUGUAGUGAUCGCGAAGACAUCGAAGUUAAGACUGAGUGGGAAUUGGAAGACGAUAAUCAGGCACCAGUGCGAAGUGUGGGAGGUGGCGUGAGUGAAGGAGACGGUCGAUUCUUAGAGACGCUUCGAAUUUGGGUGGCGGACCAGUAUCGAACGACAUCUCCGUUUGUUGAACGAAGUUUGCUUAAGUAUCGAGAAGGUGAAGAGGGCGAAGGAGAUGAAGAUGGAAGUGACAGUGAUCGUGGAAACGGGAAUGAGAAUCGCGGCAAUGAUGAACCGUUCGAGUCGAAUGAAGAACCACAUGGUAGCAUGGAAGGAUUUCGUAGUCAACCAGGCCAUGUUGAUCAUCAUCGUAAAGCUAGUGACGCAUUCUAG